AAAAAAAAAAAAAACUCCUCAAUUCUAAUUCAAACAUGGACUCUACAAGACCGCCAUCGGACUCUUCUGUCGAGCCAUCCAUCGACACACUUAUACCCACAUUUCGAUUCAUGAUCCACCGCAAAAUGAGGAGAAAAGCACAUGGUCAGUACAGACGUCAUAGCACACGACGUUACAUCUUCUCUGCUAUUGUCAUUGCCCUCUUUCUGAGCUUGAUAGGCAUUGGAGCGCAACGACUGGAAUUGGCUUCCUCUUGGCCAGAGCUUUUGCUGAUUAUCAUUCUCCUCAUUCUCAUGAUUUAUGUCGUUGUCAAGGUCUCUAUUGUUGUCCGUUGGUGCUUCUACUGGCUAGUGUUAGCGACACUAGUACUAUUUGUAAUUAACAAAGGAUCCUUCUUUGAGACAGUCAGGAACGGACCCGAAGCCAAGGCGGACCCCGAUGGCAAGAAUGCACUGCGAGCCAAGAUUGUCCUCAUUGUGCUUGCAUCCUUGGAAGUCUUUACUUUGGGGACCGUGGUUUUUCUCCGUGUUGUUUACCCUCGCAUUGUCCUACGUGCUCAAUGGCUCAAUGUUAAGAAAUGGUGGCGUAUUCGAGACGUCCCAAGCCCAUCCUCCAGAAGUGUCAACUAUCGGACCAUCAUGUUUUCCUAUGUCUCCUGGGAUGAGGAUGAGUAUCGUCUCCAACGAAGUUCUGUCUCUUAUGUUGGCGAGUUUGAUGAAGAAGGUCGGCCCCAUGGGUUGGGAGAAUGGACAGAUCAUACGUUUACAGGAGAGGCAUUACAAGGCAUUUGGGACCAUGGUGAGCCCAUUGGACCAUUCAAGAGUCAGGAGUAUGGAACUGGCAAUGCAUUCAACAACAUUCGGAUUGGAUUUUGCAAAAACUCUAUUGAUAAGGAUGAUUCAACUGCUUUCAAAGCAGCACGGGAUCCAAAAGGGUUAUCUUAUGGUGCAGCAGCUGUAGAAUGCUCAGUCUCUGGCAAAUUCUUCCACCAUCUCCCAUUUGUUCGGAUAAUUGGCAAAGGAAUCUACAGAUCAGAACUGGACCAUAUAGCAAAGGAGGAUCUGGAGGCACCAUCGAUUGCAUUAUCAUACCCUUUGUCUUUUCUUUCAACAUUCGCAGAGAGUUUACAGACUCGUCCUUCUAUCCGUGGCAGCUUCCGUAAUGGGAAAUCCAAGAAGAGUAUACCUCUUUCAAAGUCAAUUGUGGUACGGUACACGGAUCGGGGUAUCCUUAUACCGGGAUAUAUCAGGAGUAGACGUCGGGGUGAUGUGAAUGAGGUUGUUAUUCGACGGAUCUGUCCACCAAAUAUGGGGACUGAAGGUCAGAAUGUGGUGAUCGAGGGCAGUGAUGCUGGUCGUGAUCGCUCGACAUCUCAAACACCGGUACCGACUUUGCUCGUACCUACUAACCAAGCCGAAGGAAGCAACGGCGGUGGCAGUGCCAGUGAUGAUUCGGAUUAUGGCCCUGCCGAUGCUAUCUUGGACGGACCCUCAAACAGCCCUGAGGAUCGUCGUCGGUCGGGGGAGUAUGGUAGGAGGAAGCGACUCAAUCAGGAAGGACUGAUGGUGGAAGGUUGGCGUCAGGUGAUGGAUAUUGAUGGGAAAACGCCCUCAGCAUUGGCAGCGUCAAGAGCAGGAUAUGAGGCACUAGUGUUUAUUCAUGGAUAUAAUUGUCCGCUCACCUAUGGAAUUGGUCGCCUUGGUCAAUUGCUCUCACUGGGAGAGUUUCCACCCUAUAUCAAACCAUUUGUUUUCAACUGGCCAUCUUCCACCACAUUAGGCUAUUUCACUGCGAAUGCUGUUGGAUGUUCAGAUGUUGUUGCCAAGGAUUUGCGACAGUUUAUUGAGGAUCUGCGUGAGGCAGGGUUCCGAAGGGUGCAUAUUCUGGCGCAUAGUAUGGGAGCACGGAUUGUUCUAUCAGCACUUCGGAAGGGAUACUUUGAUGGGGUGGUUGCGGAACGUGAGGUCGUGGCUGUGGAAGAGCCCUCGUUAGAGUCGGCUCAUGGUGGAAGCAAGACAGCGUUACAUGCGAGGGCCUCUGUCCGGUAUCGAGAUACGAUGUCGGGAAGGUCUUUCAAGACAACGAGAUCAUCGACUCAACAGGCGGCAAUCUCGGACAGUUUUUCGAAUUCGGAUGAUCCGACGACACCGAUCCAGCUUGCGACGUUCACAUUGCUCAAUCCAGAUGCAGAUUUGGAGAUCUUUUUAGAGGAGGAUUACUGGACGCUGUCUAAAUACUGUCCACAUAUUACGCUGUAUGCGGAUGCACAUGAUGGAGCGUUGUUUUGGAGUGAGCUUUUAACGCGUCAGAAAUCACUGGGUCGUCAUCCACGGACGUUGGUGUAUGGACCUACGGGAGAGGUGUUGGAUGUGGAUGUGAUUGAUACGACGAGUUUGGAUGUGAACAUUCAUUCGAUCCGACAUAAUUUCUUUAAUCUGAACAGGAUGUUGGUGGAUGAUUUGUAUGAUGUGGUGGUGCUUGGACGAAGGGCAAGGGAACGAGCAGGUCGAUUGUCGAGUCGAUGGACGUUUUCAGACAGUGGGCUUGAGGAUGGAGAGGUGUACACAUUCCUCUGCGCACCAAGUUAUGUUGUCAACAAGUAGACAAGGAGGCUUGCAGCAACUAUCAUAGUCAUAAUCAUAAUCAUAAUCUAAUUCAUAGCCAUAAUCAUAAGCACAAGCACAAGCACAAGCACAAGCAUAAAUUGUAAUCGUUUCG